CCUAGACAUCCCACCUGGCUCCUCAACAAAGAGCCCGUAAGACGCACUUCGAAAUGUUAUAAAUAAAAAAAAUAAAAAACGCCCUUCAAAAUAAGAAGGCUGAGCAACUUCCGGGACGAGCGGGGAUCAGGAAAACCUGGUUCGGCAGCGUUAGCCUGGUAUCAAGGUCAUCUUUAGCCGCUCACCGCCUGUAACAUUAGCACCGUCAUCAAACGCACUGAUGGAUAGUGGAAAAAAGCUUUUAAUAGUAUUUUAGUAAGUUAUAGCUUAACAACCUUCAACACAACUACUGCACACAGAGAAGAAUUGGAGACUUUUAAAGGAAUAUAAUGUUGCUAUAGAGUGGCUAGCUGCUAGCCGCUAACUGCUAGCACUGUCCAGCAUCAGCUGAGCUCGUGUUCCUGUGUAGCUUAUGUCAACUACAACACGUGGGGACAGGACUGAUCAUCUGCACCAAAUAUCCCCGAGCGGAGGAACAAGCACCAUUGAGUUGACGGAGGAGAACGUCCAGCUCUUCAGGCAGGAGCUGGGGACCUCUCUGAUCUGAUCUUGUUACUACGAGGGAACCAACUGGAAAUGUGGAUGAGUAAAUUUGCCCGCUUUGCUCCGCCUGCCCUGCAGAGGAGCACCUCUGCCAUGGCCUGCCAGGCUCUGAGGGCUCGUCGUACACCAGGUCCACUACCCUCCGGUCGGGCUGCGGUGCAGCUUCGCAGGCAGCACACACUGGGGUCAGCCUCCCUCCCUCUGGCUCGGCUCUCAGUGAGGCACGUCCGCGCUCUGGACGACAAGAGGUUGAUGGAGGUGGAGUGGGAGGAUGGAGGUCAAAGCCUGUAUCCGUUUACGUGGCUAAGAGACAACUGCCAGUGUCCACAGUGUACGCUGCAGUCGGCUAAGGCCCGAAAGCUUUUGAUGUCCGAUCUUGAUAUCUACACAGGCGUCAACGUGGUGGAGGUCACCAACGACAAUAAAGUGUCCGUCGUGUGGACUGACCAGCACAACAGUGUGUUCGAUCCAGACUGGUUGAAGAAGCGCUGUUUCUCUCCCGCUGCCAGACAAGCGAUGCAAGAAGAGCUUUUUCUCAAUGGCCGUUAUUACUGGGACUCCACUCUGCGCAUCCCCACAGCCGACUUCCAGGAAGUCCUCAGCGACGAUAAGGCGGCGCUGGCUUGGCUCGUGGCCCUCCGUCGCGUUGGCAUCGUGUACCUGAGGGGGGCUCCGGCUGAGCGCGGCCAAGUGGCCCGGCUCGCUGAGAGGAUUGGCUAUCUCAGACUGACAUUCUACGGGCACACGUGGCAGGUCCAGGACAAAUACAUGGCAAAUAACGUGGCCUACACCUCAGGAAGACUCAGCCAUCACACAGACUACCCUGCUUUACACUUCGCACCAGGCGUGCAGUUUCUGCACUGCAUCAACCAGGCCGUGGAAGGAGGGGAGAGCGAGGUGGUGGACGGCUUCCACAUGGCUGAGCAGCUGCAGAGGGAGGACCCAGAGGCCUUCCGAGUGCUCACCACGCUCCAGGUGGACUUCACCGACACGGGGACGGAUUACUGCGACUUCAUGCUGCAGUCCAAGAAGUGCAUCAUAGACCUGGAUCCUAAGGGACGACUUGCGAGAAUCAACUACAACAACGCCACCAGAGAUUCGGUGUUGGACGUGGCGCUGCAUGAGGUGCAGCCUUUCUACAGGGCUCUGAAGGCCUAUGUUGAUGUCAUGAACCGACCGGAGAACGUGGUCACCUACAAAAUGGAGCCAGGCGACCUGGUGACCUUUGAUAACUGGCGCCUGCUGCACGGGCGGAGGAGCUACGUCAGCGGCCCAGAGCGGCUGCGGCACCUGGAGGGCGCCUACCUGGACUGGGAUGAGGUCAUGUCCCGCCUGCGGAUACUCCGUCACUCUGUCCAGGAGGACAUGUGAGUUCUGUCUGAACAAGUUGAGCUGAUUACUCUGUAGCGCGAUCACGACAGGGUGAUUCUGAAAUAUCUGGCAGACAAAAUGAGACAUUAGUAAAACAUUCAAAGAAUGAUAUAAUGUGGACGACAGACCGUUCUUUAAAUUGCACCAACUCUUGGCCCUCUGUGAUGAGAGAAGUGAACUUCUGCUGCCUGGAUUAGUUCCGUCAUUAAUGUACAACGUACCAAUGCAAAGACUUGUAGUGAACCUCUGAAGUAUUUUAUGGUCAAAUGAUUGUGAUGAAGUUAUACUGAGUAAACUGCCUUUUCUCAGACAUGUACAGUCACACAGCAACACUGCAAUGCAAACACAGAAGUACCUUAAAAGCGUCGUACUGAUUAGUCAGUCGCUUUAGUCUUAAAUGUUUUUAAUCCCAGGUUUCAGCUAAACGUUAUUGAUACAGUAAGUUUUAAGUCAUGUUUCAUAAAGGCCAGUUUGGCUGGUUUAUUCUUCAUCUUUGAAUCUUUCUUACUCUGGAAACUUGGCACCUAAUUGUAGAUCAUAUUUACAAGCGUUUCCAGCAGCCGAUGAACCACGGCUGGUGCUCCUCCCUCUGGAACCUUUUAAUUGACUUUGUAUUUUGCACGUAACGAUUUGCCUGCGUUACUUUUUCUAGUCUUUGAUAGUAGUUUGUACUGUACAAGUAGCCUUUUACUGCAAAGCUGUUAAAUAAACCCAUGAAGAUUAAACCAC